GAGCGACGCCCAAGGCCGCUCCCAGCCACCAGCGUGUUCCAGCUAGCGCCCAGCCAUCUCACUCGCAGCCUCCCCAUCGCAGCAGCCCGGCUAUGGGCCUGCGGCAGUCGGGUCUUCCGGGUCCCCAUCUCCUGGGGCCGACCGGCAGCAGGACCGGGCUCGGCGGGACGCGCUGUCAGGCGACCUAAGGACGGACAACGGACAGCGCUCGGAACGGCCCGGACUCCCAAGACUCACCGGACUCGCGGCCACACCGGGAGAACUAAAGCGGCAGUCACCAAGGGAGACGCCCGACCCGAAGGCCGGCUGCAGGGGAGCCGAGAGCUGAACCGCCUGCCAGACACCGAAGGCCACUGACGCCCUCCACCGCUCCAGGGCGGUCCGGGCUCCCCGCCCCCGCUGCCCGCGGGCCCCGAGGCGCAUGCACCGCCUGGCCUGGACGGGCCCAUUUCCGUCCGUCGUGGGGGGAGGCACAGUGAGUCCACUGAGGCACGACAGGGUCUAAGUCACAAGCCGAGCACACAAGCCAGACGCUAACGGAGCCUAUGUGUAAAUCCACUAGUGGUGCAAGGCUGUACACUUGUAAGAACAGCGGCGUGGGGGCUCGGCGACCUUCGCUUCAGUCGCUCCCCCGUGCAAUCCCCUGUGCCCAAGACUGUUGCUUGCGCUCCGCUGGGCGGGGCUUGGAGGCGGCGGGAACUGCAAUUGGUGGCUUUGAAGGCGCGGCGGGCGGGAACAGCUGCCUCAGAGGGAGACUGAAGGAGAUGUCGGCCGCGCCAAAGAGAUGGAUGAGACCGUUGCUGAGUUCAUCAAGAGGACCAUCUUGAAAAUCCCCCUGAAUGAACUGACAACAAUCCUGAAGGCCUGGGAUUUUUUGUCUGAAAAUCAACUGCAGACUGUAAAUUUCCGGCAGAGAAAGGAAUCUGUAGUUCAGCACUUGAUCCAUCUGUGUGAGGAAAAGCGUGCAAGUCUGAAUGACGCUGCCCUGUUAGACAUCAUUUAUACGCAAUUUCAUCAGCACCAGAAAGUUUGGGAUGUUUUUCAGAUGAGUAAAGGACCAGGUGAAGAUGUUGACCUUUUUGAUAUGAAACAAUUCAAAAAUUCAUUUAAGAAAAUUCUUCAGAGAGCAUUAAAAAAUGUGACAGUCAGCUUCAGAGAAACUGAGGAGAAUGCAGUCUGGAUUCGAAUCGCCUGGGGAACUCAGUACACAAAGCCAAACCAGUACAAACCUACCUACGUGGUAUACUACUCCCAGACUCCGUAUGCCUUCAAGUCCUCCUCCACUCUGAGGCGCAAUACACCGCUUCUGGGUCAGGCGCUGACAGUUGCUAGCAAACACCAUCAGAUUGUGAAAAUGGACCUGAGAAGUCGGUAUCUGGACUCUCUUAAGGCUAUUGUUUUUAAACAGUAUAAUCAGACCUUUGAAACUCACAACUCUGCAACACCUCUACAGGAAAGAAGCCUUGGACUGGAUAUAAAUAUGGAUUCAAGGAUCACACAUGAAAACAUAGUAGAAAAAGAGAGAGUCCAACGAAUAACUCAAGAAACAUUUGGAGAUUAUCCUCAACCACAACUAGAAUUUGCACAAUAUAAGCUUGAAACGAAAUUCAAAAGUGAUUUAAAUGGGAGCAUCUUGGCUGAGAGGGAAGAACCCCUCCGAUGCCUAAUAAAGUUCUCUAGCCCACAUCUUCUGGAAGCAUUGAAAUCCUUAGCACCAGCUGGUAUUGCAGAUGCACCACUUUCUCCACUGCUCACUUGCAUACCCAAUAAGAGAAAGAAUUAUUUUAAAAUUAGAGAUAAAUAAGACAUGCAUGGUUUCAUAAGCUCACCUCCUCCUUCUUGAUACUGCACAUGCACUUCAGUUCAUGGCUAGCUGUAUAGCUUCUGUCUGUAAACUUGUAUUUUCAAGAAUCUUUGGUAUUGAAUUUUUAGAAAUGCUCACAUAAUUGUUGGGAGUGAUUCAUUCCUCCACGAUAUGCCUCCUCUCUCCGAUAUCCUGCUAACUGUAGCCGCUGUAGCAUUUGAGAUGACAGGACAUAUAUAUAUAUGGCCCCACACUUGACCUUGAGUGUCUGAGUGCUCUGAAAUCAAGCAUAUGGCACAGCACUUGAGACUUUUGAGUUUGUGUCCUUUCUUCUAUGGCUGUCUCUUCUUAAUUCUGGAGAGGUCUGGUUCCACUGGCUGGUUUGCAGGGAUUGAUUCUUAAGCACCGGAUCACAGAAAGAAGCAACAAGAAACUAUACUGAACUCAAAAGUUUUUAGGAGAAUCAUGAAAUUGGUCCAUUCAAAGGAUAGAGUUGAGUCCAUUGUGUUAUUGUUGCAAGAGGUUGCAUAUUUGGUGAGUCCGUUAUAUAAAAUAAUGUUCUUAUUGUAAAUAUGAUACUUUUCAUAAUCUAUUUUACCAUGUAUGUAACAUUCAAACUGACAAAUAUUAUACUGACUUAUGAAUAAAGGUGUCAAAAAACUGGCACUUCAGUUA